UAGAAAAAAUAUAAAUAGGGUAGAGGUAGCAUUUGUGGCCACUGCUCCAUUUUUGGACAUUUAAUCCUUUAUUUUAAUUAAUGAAAAAGUGUGAAAUAAAAUUUUCAUUUCAGUGGUGGGAUAGAAGUAUCUUUAAACAUAUUUACAAAAUUGAUUAUGUUACUGCGUCUUUUACAAAUUAUUUUAUUUGAAUUUUUCAAGUGUCUAAAACAGGCCCUAAAGUGACCAAAAACGGUGCCUCUACCCUAUAUUGGUACUGUAGCUUAUAAAAAAAAGUUAAGGUAAAAGUCCUAUCACCUGAUUAGGGAACUAGUACCCGAUCAAGUAGGAACUAGUACCCAAAUCAAUAUUUAAAAAGAUAUAUGAACUUUAACUAAGUAAAAUUGGGGAUUCGAUUGGAAGACGUCGGACGUGACACAUGCGUGCUACAUUCAAGUGCAAUGAAAAGCGAAUAGAUAAUUAAUCAAAACACACAUAUCUACAAGAUAUAAAGAGCGCCUUUCAUAGCAUCUAAUUCUUUAGUGAAAACGAGUUAUUUCAACAGAAAUAAUUUAUUGAAACGUUAAGUCGCGCAAAAUGCAAGACUAUAACCUAGAAAACAAUCCAAUGACCGCAACAACACCAAACGGCCAGGAUUCUAGAAGCAGGAAAAGAACGAGCUUACAGAGCCAUCUAGACGCCACAGAAAUUAAGAUAAAUAAAUCUGAGAACAGAUACACGAACGCAAGCAAAGCUCCCUUCACCGUACUAAUUACCUACUCUAAUGGUAAGGAAGACCAAAAUGAAACAAAGAAAAAAAACAUUGGAAACUUACAUCCAAUGGACGUUGGCAGAGCUUUAAGAAACAAAGACUCCGCUAUUAAAAGAAUUGACAGGAAAGGGGCCAAUCUAAUUCAAGUAACGUAUGACAACCCCUUAGAAGCAAAUAAUCUUGUGGAAUAUCAAGAGACAUGGCUACCAGAAAACUGGAUAGCGUACAUCCCUGAUUACAAAACCACAAGAAUCGGAGUAGGGAAAGGUAUAAAAACCACUCUCACAGAAAAACUAAUUAGAGAAGGUUUAAGCUGGGACCAUCAUCCCAUAGAGAUUAUUAAAAUGGAAAGAUUCACAAGACCUCCACCAAGAAAUUGCCCACUAAAUAACUCUGAAAGAACUCCUACCGAAACGAUCAAAUUUGUCUUCAAGGGAGAAAGACUCCCCACCCAACUUAAGAUAUUCAAAACGAUAAUAAAAAUCGUCCCAUUCGAACCAAGAAUAAAACAGUGUCGCAAAUGCCAAAGACUAGGCCACCUAGAAAAACAAUGCCGUGGCAAAAAAAGAUGCCCAAUUUGCGCUGAAGAACACGGCGAAGAAGACUGCGACAAAGCCAAGAUCCACUGUGCCAAUUGCAGAGAACAACAUAAAGCAACCGAUCAAAACUGCAGAUCAAAAAUUUACACUAGAAUAACAAACAAAAUUAGUGCUCAUCUGAACAUCGACAGAAAAGAAGCGCAAAAAAUAAUAAAAAGAGAAGGGCUGAUCACCCUAGAAGAGACAAGCAAAUGGCUAAAAAGACAACCAAGAGGAGAAGACAAUUGGAUUUUUCCAAACAACCAUACAAUAGCAGCCUGGCUCCCACCAACAUGGAGCAAUUCAAAUUUCCAAGGCAGCAAUGGGAAAAUUCAACAAAGAUCCAAGCCUCAGAACAACUCAAAGAGGAAUUUUGAGACCAGAAGGAAAAUUAGAAAGAUCGAAAAGACAACAGAUGACAACGAACCUCCCGAUUUCUCCUCUCCAGAAUCCUGGACAGAGGAAAGCAGCAAUCAAGAGGAGGAAGCAUCAGAAAAACAAACACAAUAUUACACAAAUACUCAACAAACACCAAUCUUGGUACUAACAACGAACGGAGUAGAAGAAACAAACUUCGUAGCUGUGGAACUCAACCAAUUCACACAAGAUCAAAUCACAGCAUUUGACAGCACCAACAAUCAACUCAUGAACCAAGACAAACAAGAAGCACUAAGCGUCUUGUCAACUGAAAUUUCUCAAACCCAAAAGAUCAAUGAAAUUCCAAAUUCAAUAGUGGGAGAUUACCACUCCCAUCCUACUGAAACUAUAGCACAAUGA